AAAGAGACACAGAGAGAGAGAGAGAGAGACUGUUGGGGGGUGGUGGAGAGAAGGGAGAGCAGCAUCUUGAGCCCAAGGUGCGGUAGCGGUAGCAUAGUCCCCGCCUCGCUAGGCCCUUAGCCCUUCACGAUGUCGGCCAACGGGCCCCCCGAGUCGGUGCCGAUCCAGUUCGGGCUGAUCAACUGCGGCAACAAGUACCUGACGGCGGAGGCGUUCGGCUUCAAGGUGAACGCGUCGGCGUCCAGCAUGAAGAAGAAGCAGAUCUGGACGCUGGAGCAGGCGGGGGAGGGCGGCGUGGAGGAGGCGGCCGGGGCCGGGGCCGGAGCCGGAGCCGGGGCCGGGGCCGGGGCCCUGUCCGGGGCCGCCCAGGCGGUGUGCCUGCGGAGCCACCUGGGCCGCUACCUGUCGGCCGACAAGGACGGGCAGGUGAGCUGCGACCGCGAGCGGCCCGACGGCGACUGCCGGUUCGUGGUGGUGGCCCACGCGGACGGGCGCUGGUCGCUGCAGUCGGAGCCCCACCGGCGCUACUUCGGGGGCACGGAGGACCGGCUGUCGUGCUUCGCGCAGGCCGUGUCGGCGGCCGAGAAGUGGACGGUGCACCUGGCCCUGCACCCGCAGGUGAACGUGUACAGCCUGAGCCGCAAGCGGUACGCGCGGCUGAGCGGGCGGCCCGACGAGGGGCUGGCGGUGGACCGCGACGUGCCCUGGGGGGUGGCCUCGCUGCUGACGCUGGCCUUCCAGGACGGCCGCUACAGCCUCCGCACGGCCGACCAGCGGUUCCUGGGCCGCGACGGGCGGCUGCUGGGCGGGCCGGGCCCCGGCCCCGACGCCGCCUUCGCCCUGGAGUUCCGCGCCGGCCGCGUGGCCUUCCGCGACGCCCACGGCCGCUACCUGGCCCCGUCGGGCCCCAGCGGCACCCUCAGGGCCGGCAAGGCCGCGCGCCUGGCCAAGGACGACCUCUUCGUCCUCCAGAGGAGCUGCCCCCAGCUCGUCCUCCGGGCCGGAAACGACAGGAACGUCUCCACCCGCCAGGGAAUGGACCUCUCUGCAAAUCAGGAUGAAGAGAGUGACCAAGAGACCUUCCAACUGGAGAUCAAUAGGGACACCAAGAAGUGUGCUUUUCGGACCUUCACGGGCAAGUACUGGACCCUCACUCCCAGUGGUGGCAUACAGUCAACUGCUUCAGUCAAGAAUUCCAGUUGCUAUUUUGAUAUCGAGUGGCUCGACAGGAGGAUCACCCUGAAGGCUGCCAACGGCAAGUACGUGACGGCCAAGAAGAAUGGUCAGCUGGCCGCUUCGGUGGAAACUGCGGGUGAAACCGAACACUUUCUGAUGAAGCUGAUCAACCGGCCCAUCAUCAUCCUGCGUGGGGAGCAUGGCUUCAUUGGCUGCCGGAAGGUGACCGGGACCCUGGACUCCAACCGAUCUUCCUAUGAUGUGUUUCAACUGGAAUUUAAUGAUGGCGCCUACAAUAUCAAAGAUUCCACCGGGAAGUACUGGAUGGUUGGGAACGAGUCAUCCGUCACCAGCAGCAGCGAUACCCCCGUGGACUUCUUCUUCGAGUUCUGCGACUCCAACAAAGUGGCCAUCAAAACCAACGGCCGGUACCUGAAGGGCGACCACGCCGGGGCCCUGAAAGCUAACGCCGACUCCAUUGACCCCUCCACGCUCUGGGAGUACUAGGUGCACGUUAGCAGCGCCAGCUUUCUGCUCCCUGCCCUGGUGCCCUUUUUUUUUUUUUUGGUUCCAUCUGUCUUCUGAUCUGCCCUCCCACCCCACCUCCUCCUCCCUCAUUCAGUGAAAGUGUUUCAGGAUGGCUUACUCUGCUUGUCCCCUGAGACUGCGUCAUCUGACUUCCUUCGCCUCUUUCUGUUUUUGUUCUUGUUUUUUUCGGUGUUGAGGAAGCCUUCCACCUUUCAAACUGGAGAAAAUAUUGCAUCCUCCUUUCCCCUCUCCUUCCCAGUGGGUUUUUCCUUGCUUGGAAGCUGUCCCCACCUGCCUCCUCCUUUCUGCAGGGUGAGUGUCAGUGGCAGUCCAACUCCUCCUAGGGCAACGUCAGAGGAAUUUUUAAAAUCCAUCUCUGUCCUCUCUCCAGUGCCACAUGUGGGGGCUGGAACCUCUCAAUUCUCUGCUGCCUGCUGGAUGUCCAUGCCACUGAGCCUUAUUGCCCCCAUGCUGUUCUUCUAGCAGGUGGUGCUAUUAGUGUUGUUUGCUCUAAGGGCUAGAAAGAGCAGUACUGGAGUGCCUGUCCCCUCUCUUUCUCUCUCUGUGGGAAACCUCAGUUUCACCCUACAGAUUAAAAUGGGGACGACCCUGAAUUCCAGGACCAGGCAUGAAGAUAAUACAUUCCCGGAUCUGCCUAGCUGGCAAUCCUUCCUUCCUUUCUCUCUGCCUCCCACCCCUCACGCUUCCCUCCCCACUCCUCAACUCCCUCCUGGUUUCUCUUGCAGGGGGUGGGGAACAGUUACUCUUCAAGUCUAAGGCUGCAGAUUCCUCCUGGUUGUAGGUAAAGUAGCCACUGCACAUCCCUUAUGAAGCCAGAGCAUUUCCUUCUGUGGGAAUAUCUCCACCUGUCACCUGAGUGUAGCUAAGGGGCUGCGGCCUUGGUCGAUGGGGGCUGAGUGAUGGGUGGUGACGGUGGCACUGACCCAGAGGGGCUCUCUGUCCAUCCAGCAGGUUAGAGAUGUCCCCAGGGAUGCCUCACAAUGGGGGCUUGCGUGACUAUCCACAGCCCAGGAGUCCUGCCUUCGACUCCCAGUGGCAACUCGGGAAUGGCUCCACCGUUGGCUUGAUUUCCUUGUCUGUCAGCUGCCAGGCUCCAGCCCCAGUUUUUUGGGCUACUACACCGAUUCUAGAGGCAGGAGAAAUGCUCACUGGGGAUGUAAGGGCCCAAUUUGGAUUAUUAGCUUUCUUCUCUUUCCCCCUCCCUACUGGGAGGUAGCUGGCUCCUUAAAAGUUAAGAUCCGUUUACAAAUCUGAAACCUGUCUUAGCACUUUGCACAGCAGUAGUGUUUCAGGUGGUUGUUUUUUUUUUUUUUUUUAAUUUUCUUUUAAUCCUACUGGAAACCUCUAAUCUUCACUGCACAUCCUGUUUAACUGUAAGAUACUCCCUUCCUGCUUGCAGGCCCAGCUAGGGGCUCCUAUUCCCUGGAUGGAAAGAGUCCUUUGGGGUCUCGUUCAGUCAUCUCUCCACCCCGGCCCCUUCUGCAACCCCCGCUUCUGAAAUGAGGGCAUGAAAAUAGCGGUGUUCCUGGAAGCAGAAAAUGACCAAAUCAGUGUUUUGUUUUGUUUUUAAUCUAGUUGUGUGUGCUCCGUGGCACUAAUGUGAACAGAUGAUCCUCAUGCAAGUAUAGCAGUGUGAAUGUCUGUAACAGGAGGUGCUGAACCUUCGUGGUCUCAGCCCUGAGCAAGGUGGAAGAGUUUGUGUUUGAGGGUGGGGUGGUGAGGGGUGCCCUGUCAGAAAUCUAUUGCUUCUCCCUGGUUCUGGUUCCAGCCUACCUGAUGUCCUGGCUUCGCCCUCUUGCAGACUUUUUCUUCCAGCCAGUUCCAGAACCUGGUGGGGUUGGGGGAAUCCCACUCCAAGUUGAAAAUGGAGCAGACUGGUUAGCACGGGAGAGUUUUGUUCACUUUUCUCUCCAGUGGGCCCCACACACUCCAUCUCUGCCCUUCCUCCGCUCCCAAACCCUGGCAUUGCAAGAAAGGCUCCGCAGUAGGGUCGGAUGUGCCAAAACAGAACCACUUGUCCCUGGGGCUUUGAGCAAGGUCGUGAAAGGGGACCCCCUAGAAGCCUUACAUCUUUAAGAGCCAUGACAGAGGCCCCCCUUCUCCUCACCCCCUCCAAGCUUGGUGCUAAAUGCCUGUAACUGGAACCUCUUUAUUUUCCUUAGGGGAGGGGUCACCUCAGGGUGUGCCCAUCCACUGGAUGUUGUCUGAACUCCUGCUUCCAGGAGCUUUGGGGUGGACGGGACUCGGGGGAGACUCGAGCUUUGUCCGAAAGGAACCCAAAGCACCCUCAACUAAGAGCCCCGAGUCGGUGCUCCAACCUUUGACGCAAAGUGCUUGCUGCCCUUUUCCCUCAGCCAUUUGCUCCUUCCCCAAGCAGCUGUGUGUGGCCUGUUCCCCUCGUGCUGGCUUCUCCCUGUGACAGUAGGUUCCGCGUCUUAUUCCUGUCUCUCGUAUCAGACGUCUUGGCUCCGAAAAGCAUCUCACUUGGGUGUUUUUGUUAACAGUUGUUCGGUUUUUUUUUUUAAUUUUUUUGUAAAUGCCAUUUGUAUAACUUAAAGCAACAACAAAAUAGCUUCAACUGGAAAAAAAAAAUAAAAAGACAAACCCAAAU